AUAAGGUACGUGUUAAGUGAAUAAAUUGCAUUAAUCAUGUCUGUAAGAGGUUUUAUAUUUUGUUGUUUGCUUGCUAUUAGCAUAGCACAAGAUGAAACUAAUAAUAAACUUUUCCCCAAAGAUUUUAUGUUUGGUGCAGCCACAGCCUCUUAUCAAGUAGAAGGUGCAUGGGAUGAAGAUGGCAAAGGUGAAAAUAUUUGGGAUCACCAUAUACACUCAAGCCCUGAAUUAAUUGCUAAUAAUGACACUGGUGAUGUAGCUUGUGAUUCCUAUCACAAGUACAAAGAAGACGUGGCUAUGUUGAAAGAAUUAGGCGUUGAUUUUUAUCGAUUCUCACUAUCCUGGUCAAGAAUACUUCCUACAGGAUUUGUGAACAAAGUUAACCUUCCCGGGGUGACAUACUACCAGAAUUUAAUCAAAGAAUUGAAAGAUAACGGCAUCGAACCCCUGAUCACCAUAUACCACUGGGACUUGCCACAACCCUUGCAGGAUAUCGGGGGAUGGCCAAGUGAGUUCAUAGUAGAAGCUUUCGCUGAAUACGCAAGGCUAUGCUUCGAACUCUUUGGAGACAACGUGAAAUACUGGCUGACAUUUAAUGAACCAUACCAAAUUUGCAUAGGAGGUUACGGCCUAGGGUAUAAUGCUCCAGGAAUUAAAUUGACAGGAUUAGGAGACUAUAUGUGUGCCCACCACAUACUCCAGGCUCACGCUAAGGCUUGGCAUAUAUAUGACCAAGAAUUUAGGGCUACACAACAAGGACAAGUAUCAAUCACUAUUGAUACUAUGUGGUACGAACCUGCUUCUGACAGUGAAGAAGAUCUAGUUGCUGCUGAGAGAGCACUACAAUUCGACUUUGGAUGGUAUGCAAAUCCUAUCUAUAACAGCGACUACCCAGAAAUAAUGAAGACUCGCAUUGCAGAACGUAGUUUAGCUGAAGGUUUCAAACAGUCACGUCUUCCGGCAUUCACCGACGAAGAAAUUGCAUACAUCAGCGGCACUUUCGAUUACAUGGGUGUUAAUAUGUAUACUUCGAUGCUAGCAGCAGCCAAGGACGAAGUUCCAAUUGCGGAACCAAGUUACUUCUACGACUUAGGAAUUGAUGGCUAUCAGCCCGAUGACUGGGAAUCAGCUUCCAUAUCUACUUCCAAGAUAACUCCAUGGGGUAUAAGAAAAUUUUUAAAUUGGUUGAAAGAAACCUACAACAAUCCAGCAAUUAUAGUUACAGAAAAUGGUAUCCCUGAUAAUAGUUCCGUCAUAGAUGACGUUAAAAGAGUUCGUUUUUACAGGGAUUAUCUCAGCAAUGUAAGAAGUGCUAUAGAGGAUGGAGUGAAUGUAAUUGGCUACGCUGCAUGGAGUCUUAUGGAUAACUUCGAAUGGGGACUGGGUUACACACAAAAAUUCGGGCUCUACCAUGUAGACUUCGACAGCAUUAACAGGACGAGAACACCUAAAACUUCUGCAGCUUACUACAAGAAGGUUGCCGAGACUCAUUGUUUGGUAGACACUUGUGAGGAAUAGACAAAAGUUUAUAUUUUCAAUUAAAACUAAAACAUUGCCAUUGCCUUUUUUAUUAAAUAAUACAGAACUUCAAAAAUUUUAA